ACAAGCGGGCCCGCCCGGCGAGUAAUCCUCAGCGACUCGCGGGGCUCGGGUUCUGUGGACACCAACCUCCCGCAGCCCCGGCCCGUCCCGUCUCAUGGCGUCCCUCCGGCUCGUGGCGGCGCUAGCGCCCUCUCCUCCUCGUCGUCCUCCGCCGCCACGUCGACGUGAGCCGCGGAGACCGCCGCCCUCCGCGGUCCGCCUGACGAGCGGCGUGGCCCUGGCGACCGCUGCUGCUGCCGUGGCCGCGGCCGCCUCGCCACCGGCGCUCGCCGCGCUGUCAGAGCCGGCGAACGCGCUCUCGCUGCCCACCUGGGCCGUCCACGUCUCCAGCGUCGCCGAGUGGGUGACGGCGAUGUGGCUGGUUUGGGACUACGGGGAGAGGACGGGGAUCAAGGGCUGGAAGGGCCUCUCUUGGGGGAUGGUGCCACUUCUUGGUGGAGCGAUGUGCGCCUGCACAUGGCAUUUCUUCUACAAUUCAGAGUCUCUUGAAGUCCUUGUAGCUCUCCAAGGUGCUCUGACGGUGAUCGGUAACUUAACAAUGUGUAUUGCUGCAUACCGCAUCUUCAAAGCAUCCCAGGAAGGCUCUAAAACUUCAUAGGCUGGAAGAUUUUAUGUUAUAACUGGUUUCACAAGGUAAAUGAGUGGUAUGCUCGUGCUUUUUGCUGACACGCAUGAGUAUGGAGGAUUAUUUGGUCUCACCUUCUGAAAAAUGAUUACGGCCAAGCUUAAUAACAUGGAAGUGCACCUAUCCUGUAAAUGCCUAUGAAAAUUACCAAGAAAUUCAGUUCGGUUA